CUGGCGCCACAUUGGGGCAAACACAAGGCAGAGCGCGAGGGAGUACUGCUCUGCUGAACAUUCGUUCCGUGUGCUCUGUUCUUGGCAUCUACCCCUCCUUUCACAGGAGCAGAAGCAGAGGGUGUGUGAAGGAGAGAUGAAAGGCAUGAGGGGAAUGGCCGUGGUGAUGGCGCUGGCGCUGGCCGGCAUGGCGGCGACCUCGUCGGCGGCGGUCUACCAGGUCGGCGGCUCCUCGGGGUGGACCAUCCUCGGCAACGUCAACUACGCCGACUGGGCUGGGAAGCAGACCUUCAAAGUGGGGGACGUCAUCGAGUUCAAGUACCCGCAGGGCAUCCACAACGUGCUGGAGGUGAACAAGGCUGACUACAACAGCUGCACCAACUCGACGCCGAUCGCGACCCACACCUCCGGCGACGACAAGGUGACCAUCAAGAGCCCCGGCCACCGCUUCUUCAUCUGCGGCGUGCCGGGCCACUGCGCCGCCGGGCAGAAGCUCAACGUCCGCGUGCUCAAGACACAGAAGCCCCGCUCCGCGGCCCCUGCCCCGGCGCCGUCCGCGUCCGCGCCGGCGCCGGUCGCGGCGUCCCCGCGUGCCGGAGACACCAGUGGCAGCAGCGCCUCGACCCCGCCCGCCGCGGCGACGACGUCUGACGGAGGGGUGACCGCGCCCGCGCCGAACUCCAACGGCGCCGGCGUCGUCCGCGCGGGCUAUGCCGUGGCAUUGGCCGUGGCCGCGUCCAUGGCGAUGCUACAGUAGAUUGAUUUCCUCCGUUCCAUCGGCCUUGCGUUGCGUGCAUCUCUCGGUGUCCGAUUCUUUUUCCUGUUACAUGCGUGGAGUGUUAAUUCUUGAUGCUUGAUUUCCGUUGGUUUGAGGGGAUGUUCGGUUUGGCAAAGAUUGCUGUGGAUUAAGAGCCAUUGAUUUGGCAGGAAUUUGAGCUAUAUUCCCUGCGAAUCCCUGCCAAACCUCCUCAAACCGAACAGGGCAAGUGUUGUUUUUACCUGUUUUUGAUUCUGGUGUGUAUCCAUGGAUAUGUUGUACUUGUGUUUGGUAUUUCAGAGCUGUAAAUGUUACUCCCUCCGUUCCUAAA